CAGCACAUCAACGGAUCCGGCAACCUCGAUCCGUCCGGCGUCGGCUCCGUGGUCACGCUCAAGGACGGGACCAGGAUCCGUGCGCCCGAGACCUCCCGCAUCGCCUACGAGGACGAGCCGAGGCUUAUGCUGCUGCGGGAGUGGAGCUUGUUCGACUCCAUGGUCUGCUCCUCUUAUGUCGCGACGAGGCUCAAGACGUGGAGCGACAACGGGCUCAAGAAGCUGAAGCUUCUUCUGGCGAGGAUGGGGUUCCCGCUCGCCGACUGCCAGAAGGGGUUCCAGUACAUGAGCAUGGAGGUCAAGAGGAAGAUGCGCGAUGAGUUUGACCGCUUCCUGCCGGAGUAUGGGCUCACCGAGUUCUACUACAGAAGCUUCCUGCGGGUGCACGG